AAAAAAAAGUUAUUUCUCUGAGCAAUUGAAUAAUAAUAUGCUGAAACUUGUUUUCUUCAAAUGUCGCUAACUUCAAUUUUUGAUGCAGUUAUUAUUUUUGUUUUUCAAGCAUCAAAAAGGCUAAAUACUUUUAGCAUCAAUCGGAAGUGCUUUGAACCCGUCUACACGGAUUAGCCUAUUGCAGUCUGAUAAAAUGAACACAAUUUAAAUGUGAUACUGAUAUAAUCUCCAAUAUUUCCGAUUUCCCCGAACGUAGCACACCGUUCACAACCGCCCACCGCUGAACACGUGGUUGAAGGCGGAAGUAUUUGCUAAGGAUUUGAAUUUGACCUUAAAAGUGCAACAAUAAAUGCUAGGAAAAUGUGUGCUGCAGAAGGGUUAUUGUAAUUUAUUUAAUUUAUGAGAAGUUCAUGUACUCGUUGUCCCAAUGGAUCCUAAUCUGUGGUUUUGGAAAAACGAGGGACAGUCGUUCCUUGGGCGAUUAAAGAUCUGGGUUAAUACCCUUGAUCCCGCUUCCCUGCUUUCCUCUGAUGCCAGAAUAAAGAAGGCUCAUAGUAUUCUUGGACGUGGAGCGAUACUAGAUCAAUGGGAUGAAGAAGCACUCAUUCUAUCACUUUCAUCUGUCCAUGCUGAUUCUGGUGAUGUUCUACCUCUUAUCUUCCGCCCUGUAGGAUUUUUGACCGUAUCAUCGCCUAUGAUUAUUGCCAGCCUUUUGCCUCACACCACUGUGAGACAUGCUCUGUUCUGGCAGUUUUUUCUGCAAAGUUACCAAACUGGGUUCACCCUUUCAAACAGAAACUCUUCAUCAGAAAAGAAUAAGGCACCAUCUUUAAGGCAGCUUCUGUUGAGCGCUGGAACCGUUUCCUAUGCAACAUGUGCAGGGGCCAUUCCUGAAAUUAUUUCUUAUCAACUUGGUGUAAAUAGUGCACCAAUCAAGACUUUCUUAAGGACCAUACUACCUAUCCCUCUCUCAGCUGCUGUGGCCUUCUUCAGUGUGUACACUAUCAGAAGUGAAGAGUCAGAAACUGGGAUCCAAGUGUUUGAUUCCAAUGGAAAUCCUGUGGGCCUCUCUAAAGCAGCAGGACAAAAGGCUGUGAGGGAGACUGCCCUGUCAAGAGCGGCACUGUUUGGAACCACUGCUGCUGUCCCUGCCCUCCUGUUAACAGUCUUACGGAAAACAAGAGUGAUCCACAGGAGCUCUCUGCUGAUCGCUCUUCUCCGUUGCAUGAGUGUUGCGAUCGGUUUUGGCUUGAUGAUCCCUGUCUCUUUCAGUCUCUUUCCACAGCUGGGCACGAUAAAGACGGAAAAGGUGGAGAAGAACCUGCAGGUGGCAGCAGGCGAUGGACUGUUAUACUACCAUAGAGGACUCUGAGGAGCAGUUUAAUGCAAAAAUCACAGGUUGCUAUUACAGGGCAGCAUUAUAAUAAAUAUCUGCUUUAUCAACUUGAAAAUGUACAAUGCAUGUAACUCAAAGAUGAAAAACCAACAGAUUGAUACAUUAAAACAGUCAAAACGCUGCUUUUUUAAAAUUAAAUGUAUUUAUCUGGAAUAUUAAUUGUAUUAUACAUAGGAAAUAUUACAUGGAUUCAUUAAAAUGCAUUUAUUUUCCAAAGUUCAA